AUGAGGCAGCAAGCAGCCCAGAAGAAGCUGGGCCAGCACCUCAAUCGUGGCCACGUGGGACCCUUAGCAGAGGACCAGUUGAGCCGUAUACCCGGACUCCUGCCCCACGGACACCGAGGGGCGGUGGCAGAGGAUGAGCCGUGUGCAGCCUGGGACGAUGCAACCAGCGGGCUUCCGGCGUCAUCAUCAACCGAGGAAGCUGGAGCCCUGGGUCAAGCCACACCGAAAUUCCACCUGCACCCAGAUCCCAGGAGCCCCCUUCAGCCUGCCCACAGCUUAGCCGAGCCUGGCCCAGCGCCGGGUCCCUGUCCCCAGGCCUGGAGGCCAGACCGCGAUGCCGCCUCCGCCGAGGAGCCCUCCUUGCACCCUGCCCCAGGGAAUCGGCAUGUCCGUCUCCAGCCCUGCCUCCUGUCUGCUGGAUUUCUCAAGAGAAACCGGGUCUCCAGGCCCCAGCGGGCCCUAGCGCUUGGCGAGGCCCAGCCGCCGCCCCCUGGGCCCACCCGAAGCGCAAGGCCGCACCCCCGGGCUGCCGCAGCCCAGCGAACAAAGGCCCCGCGGCCCUGGAGCUCUCGCUGUGGCCUAUCGAAACCUCGAGGUGGUUCCCUAUUAACCACUCCCUUUGGUGCCUCCGAGGCCAAAAAAGGAGUCGAACAAAACCUCUUUUCUAAGCAGGAAGAGCUUUGUAGAGAGAGAGAGAGAGAGCUGAGCAGAGAGGGUCCCCAGCCCCUCUCACCGGCGAAACGCUCACCAGACGCCUGCCGGGGCCUCCCGCACCCGCACACACGAACAGGAGCCGCCUGGAGAGGGGUCUGGACCUCAGCCGGUUGCGCCUGUGCCCCCAAAAGGCUGCGCUGGGAUGGCCAGCAAGGGGUCUCACCUGCACGCGGCCCCUGCCUUGUUUUAUUUUAGAAACCAACAAGACCCAAUUAAAUGGUAUUUUUUAAAAGUGGACACACACUAGGAGGAUGGGAGAGAUGAAACAAAAAUCCCACCUGCUUUCUUUCUCCGACAUAACCUUGAACCUCAACCCCUUUGUCUGUUUUUCCCCAUGUUGUUGUCCUGCCUUAACCAAUGACUGAUACUGCAUUAUUCGUUCAUCUAUAAAUAGGAAGUUUGGCUGCUGUUUUUUAACAGAAGGCCCAGGCCAGAGCACUAGGCAGUCAUUUCCCCAGCAAGCCCUCAUCCCCCCAGGGACCAAGGGGAAUGUGAUCUCUGGUCCCGUGUCUGUGUCUGAAUUGUCCUGUUACAGAGAGAAAUGGCCUUUUUAUCCAGGUGCUGGGGCCCCUUAUCAGGCAGGAGGAGCAACAGUCCGAGACGUUUAUGCCUCUGAGUGCAGGCAAGCUCUUUGUCGUUAAAAUUUAAUUUGAAGGGAAAAAAGGAAAGAAAAAAAGCUGGCUCAAAGAGCAUCGGCAUGUCAUCCGUUUAGAUUUGAGGGCAGAAGUCCAUCCAGAAGCAACGCAGAGCAUGAGCUUGGAGAAUCAGAUGAAUAAAGAGACAGCAGUUUAUUGAAAAAGCAUCAUCCUUGGCCUCGCAAGGCAGGGGUGUGACUCACGGUACAGAUUUCGGCCUGCCCAGGAAACGGCCUCCCUCUGGCAUGCCGGUCUCGCCUUGAACACGACCUUGGGCUCUGAGCACAGAAGCCACCCACUAGCAAUGUUCGUCCAGUCCUGAGCCCUUGCCGAGUUCUGGGUUCCGUGGAGCGGGUAUUAUUUUCCUGUUUUACAGGUGAGAACACCAAGGCUCCCAGGGGACAUGCAGCUGGCCCGGUCUAGUCACGAGAACAGGCCGCUUAGCGUAAACCUAGGAUUUAAACCCAGGUCUGUCUUGCUCCGGAGUCCAUGCUCCUUCCCCUGAACUUGGCCUCUUGAAUAAUUUAUGAGAACACACUUUGGGGCCGGGGGGAGGGUGGUUCUCACGUGCUGCCGCCCAGGAGACCAGGGGAGCACAGUCUCACAUGACACCACCAAUGCACUGCUCCAACCCAAGAGGGCUAGCAGCGCUCUUGUCACAAAGAAAAACCUGAGAGGCAGAUUCUGCAACUGGAUUUGCGAUCGGUGAUGCCUGCUCGUUCCUCAGAGGUUAACGGAGUUAAACGGCUGGAAUGUGGGUGGUCUUGCCUGGCACACGCUGUGAUCACAUAGCGGGGGAAAUUGCUAGCACGGCAGUUAAAAAGUACUUCUGGAGCUUCGCUAUUGUGAGGGUUGUUUUUUUUUUUUUAAAUCAAACAAAAUGACCCUCUAACAGGAAAGAUGACUAUAAUAAUAGCUCUACAGAGCUUCCGAAGGAGCCAGCACGUGAAGGUAGGAAAUUUAAGGAACAGCUGAAGGCCCACUCACUGUGAUUCCAGGAAGUGCUGAGGCCCCUGAUGGCUGACCUUAAAAAAAAAAUGCCACUAAUAAUUGGAAAGUUGUGUGUAC